UGUGGUAUACYUUUAUGAUCACACCUACCAACAUCAGUUUCCAAAAUGGCAACCACACGAGAAGUAGUUGAGAAACGUGUCGAAACCAGGAYGAAAACUGAAGUCCGCCAUCACGCAGAGACGAGAAUUUACCGCGAAUACUGUGGAUGCUGUGACUUGCUUUGGAUCGUCACCACAAUGGAAGGAUUGCUCAAACUAACCCAGUUCUUUACGACCUUUCUUACUUUCGUUAUCCUCACAGCUCAUGAAGAAAGUGCCAGAGCUUAUUUCGAGUUUCUGAUAUUUGUUGGWACUACAGCAUGGAUAUUUGUUAUCCUGCAUAUCGUCUUGAAGAUGACACACAUCUACGAGAAGCUACCAUAUGUAUUGAUUCAGCCAAAAGURUCCCUUUCUUUGCUCUUGAUUAGCGUCAUCUCAUUUCUUGUCGCAACCUCUGUGGCUCUUGGGUACGCUUUUAGGAGAGGUGACGUGAUAGCUGCCUGUAGCUUUGGAUAUAUAUCUAUGUUCCUAUUCCUUAUCGAGCUGAUAAUGCUAUUUAUCCGCUAUAGACGCGAGCCAGUACAAAGGGAAACACCGAGGAACGAAGACGUCAAACCCGAGGAGUUUGCAUACUGAACGUACCAUCCAGUAAACCAUGCCAUUUUUGACAUCAUCCUAUAAGUCUUAGCUUAAUUUGUGAGGUUUUUCAAGUCGAAAGCCUUAAAGGGAAAAAUCCAUUUUUGUUUUUUUAAGGAAUAGCGUGACGAGUGGGUCAUAUCGUGGGAAUGUUGCCAACAAUUUCAUGGGCUAUGCCAUUAAUCAUCAGACUUUAUAAUCAUUAGAACAUAGUACUGUGACACUUUCAUUCACUAACUUCUUGGCGCAGCUUGUACCAUACAUUUGCAUCAACAUGCUUGGAAGAUCUUCCCUGGAACUAUUUACCAUGAAAGUGGGUCCAAAAAUAUUUUAUAAAAGCAAUAUAAAACAGCAUUUUAUGUGUCUGUAGUGUGAUAAAACACUUUGGGAGCUGUAGAACACUCAAAAAUCAAGAGAAACACUCGUCUAUGCCUCAUGUUUCUAAAGCUUGCUUCUCUCAUACUCUACAGCAUGUUUAUAUUACAGUACAGAGACAUGAGCCCAGGUUAUAUAUUCGUUAGUUGUGGGACGAUAAGGUAAAUUGUAGUGGUAUAAUGUCAUGUUAGGGAAAAAUGAAGUUACCCCUCUAAACCACAGCCCUCCGCAAUAAAAAUGUACCUUCCCUUAGCUAGCUUUGAUUUAGAGUGACUGCCACAGGAAAGUACCAGAGUGAUAGUAAACAAACUAUGGAACCAAGAGUAAAAUGGAUAAUCCUACAAUUUGUAGGAAAGUGGAAAAAAGAUGAAUGAAAAAGCGUUUACUUUUACACUGAGUACCAUUAUGGCAUGAAAUGUCAAAAUCAUUACUCUGUUUCAUUUAGCUGCUAUGUUGUCUAUAUGUUGUAUUAAAAUAAUCCAGACAAAAAAUUAUUGUUGGGUUGCCUGUGGCAGCCCAGUUGUUAAAUACCUUUUUUUUUUUUUUUUGUAGUUUCCUCGCGAAAUGUGCAUUCUUGUGCAAGAGUACCCAUGUAUGGAUUUAAAUGAUGUGUUCAUAGAUAAAUGUCGCAUAGAUUGGCUUAGCAGCUGAGGAUGUAAUUCCGGGCUUUAGAAGUAAUAUAAUUGAGCAGUAAAAGAUUUCUAGGAUUGUAAUUCAGAURUUUAUUAAUAUUAAUACAGUCAGCAGUAUUCUGGCUUCAAUCGUGUAGGUUAGUAGAGCCUAAAGGAAAAUACGCUUUCAGUACUGAAAUGGCACAUGGGAAAUGACAUAACUAUAUUAUAAUUUAUUCAUUUGCGCCAUCCAUGCAGUCGGUUUAGAAUGCCAAACACGUAUUCAGAAGACCUGGGUUUGAGAAUGGAUGAUGCCACAGGUCACCGGUCACAGAAUGCAUCUAAUUAACAUACUUCCCAUGUGCCAUUUCAGCCGCUUCUAUGUUCUAUGUUUCUGAACCCGACAACGAUUCUUCAAUUGAGUAUAUGCCUUAUUGACUAGAGACUCGGCUUUUAUGUUCUAUGUUUCUGAACCCGACAACAAUUCUUCAAUUGAGUGUAUACAUAAACAUAUUGUUAAAUACUUAGAGGUAAUAGAGCUGAUAACUUUGGCUGUAAGUACUUUUUGCCAAGUUUUGAACCUUUUACUAUGCAUUGUGGACAGUUUAACCACCACUUGAAAGAGAAUGAGAUUCAAAGACAAACCCAGGAAUGCGAAUAUGUUUCAAUAGAAAAUAUAUUUUACACUGUUA